GCUCUAGCCUCUCUGUCUUCAGUUUUGACAUCGCUCAUCGUAGAAACUGUACUGUGCGCCAGGUCGAAAUGAGGCUGAGACACUAUGAACCAGAAUUUUACAGCAUGAGACAGACCGUCUCGAGAGGCCCAGAGUUGUGUUGGAUCAAUGCCUUGAUCGGUGUGUAUGCUGAAGCGAAGUAAUAAGAUACGUUCUGCGUCCCACCUGAAGUCAAUGUAUUCUACUAUCCCUCGACGAACAAACAAAUUCGACAAACUGCAAUUUCAGACUCUUCUGUUACUUUCAUUGUACCAUGUCUUACACACUUAUAUCAUUCGAUGAUUUUCUCGCAGCGAAAAUUGAAAAAUGCUGUAUCGGACACAAGCAAGAACCCAAGAUCAGGUGUAGCAACACUAUAUCCGACAACAGCCUGUGCAAGGCAGUGGAGAUCUGGGAUGCCAUCAGAUCCGGAGCAAAUGCGGUCUACAUUGAGCGAAAAAUGGUAGAGCUUGCAGCCUCCUGCUUGUGUCAAACCAGUCAUCAGAUGCAAGCAGCCACCGUGGCCAAUUCCUGGAUUGAAGAGGCGAUGGGAAGUGGCAUGGUCCAAAGCAAGAUUGUUUCACAGAACACCAUUGCGAAGACCGGUUCCGACAUCGUGGGUCAGGCCGACCAGUUCGUUUCUGAACAAAGCAGCAAUGAAGACAACCAUCGACAACAAACCAAACUUCUGUCCCAACAACAUCAGCAAGCUGUGCAUACCUUUGAGGAGGCACAUUCCAGCGCCAGAGAUGUGACGGGAUCGGACGAGCCGGACAAGGGUACACACACCGCUCUACAGGCUGGCUUCUAGACGCUGCGGUCUAAGCUUCGCGAGAUUGGGAUCGGAAUUUCGAACUCGGAGCUCCAAGCAGAGGUCUUGAAACAAGAUAUGGCUGGCUCUGGACAAGAGUAACACUUCUCUGCGGGAUGAGUUCCUCUUCCUGGGGGAGAGCAAGGCACACGCUCUUGUUCUCAGGCAGCUGCAGAUGGAGAUACAAGCGAGAGGGGUGACAGCAAAACUGUUGCAGAAGAUGUUGAGGGAGAUCUUGUUCCAACCGGAGGAUACCUGAUGAUUUAAAAUUGCUAUCGCCAAAUCCAAAUUGUCAUGAUCAAAUCUUGUGCAUUUGAGUGACUUUUUCGUUGUCUUUCAUAGCUUCGAAAUGAUGCGACUUUCUUCACCUCAGUGCACAAGACCGCUUUCC